AAAAAGUCAAAAAUUAUCUGAGCAAAAUAGAAUGGUUCUUUUUUGUAUUUAGAAAUGUAAUUAUACCACAUUUUAUGAAUUAUUUAGGUAAACCAAAAUAUUAGACACUUUAUGCUACCAAAUUAAUCUGUCCACAUGCUUUAGAGCCCCAUAAAAACACUAUGCCUUAAUUUUUUUUAGUAUCCACAGAAUUUCCACUUAUAGAUCAUAGAAAUGUGUUUUCUUUACCUUAGUCAAAAAGGACAUAAUUACACAACAUUAAAUAUCCUUUAUCAAAUUAGUCCAUUCACAUAUUUCACACAAUUAACUGCAACAUUUCUCUCAAGCUCACACACCACUUAUACAUCUCUAUUUUUACAAGACUGCCAUCUAGUGGAAGUGGACCAAUUGUAUUAAGAAUGUUUUGCUCAUAUCUCUAAAACACGGAAGCAGGAAAUUACAUCAACUCUCCAUGUCGAGGUAAACAAAACUUUAGUGCUGUGACUAUCCAGCUGUGUCUCUUAAUGUGUGUGCAGUGAAAUGGCUGAAGCUAGGGUUUCUCAGGAGCAGUUCAGCUGUCCAGUGUGUCUGGAUCUACUGAAGGAUCCAGUGACCAUUCCCUGUGGACACAAUUACUGUACGAGCUGCAUUACAUGCUACUGGAAUCAAGAGGAUCGGGGAAAAGUCUACAGCUGCCCUGAGUGCAGACAGACCUUCAGUCCAAGACCUGAUUUAAAUAAAAACACCCUGCUGGCUGAAGUGGUGGAACAACUGAAGAUGACUGAACUCCAAACUGCUGUUCCUGCUGGAGCUGGAGAUUUGGAAUGUGACGUCUGCACUGGAAGAAAAUACAAAGCCGUCAAGUCCUGUCUGGUGUGUCUGAACUCUUACUGUCAAAAUCACCUUGAACAACAUGAAAAUCUCUUCAGAGGAAAGAGUCACAACUUGAUGGAUGCAACUGGACAGCUUCAGAAGAUGAUAUGCCGUAAACAUGAAAAGCUUCUAGAAAUUUUCUGCCGUACUGACCAUCGGUGUAUCUGUAUGCUGUGUAUGGUGGAUGAACACAAAAACCAUGACACUGUAUCAACUGCAGCAGAGAGAACUGAGAAACAGAAACACGUUGGUGAGACACAGAGAAAAUUCCAGCAGCAAAUCCAGGUGAGAGAGAAGCAGCUUCAGGAGCUAAAAGAUUCUGUGGAGGAUCACAAGCGAUCUGCACAGACAGCAGUGCAGAACAGUGAGAGGAUCUUUAAUGAGCUCAUCUGCUCCAUUGAGAGAAGACGCGCUGAGGUCUCACAGAUGAUCAGAGAUCGAGAAAAGACUGCAGUGAGUCAAGCUGAAGGAUUCAUGAAGCGACUGGAACAGGAGAUUUGUCAACUGAGGAGGACAGGUGCUGAGCUGGAGCAGCUUUCACAGACACCAGAUCACAUUCAUUUUCUCCAGAGUUUCCCAACUCUCCCUGUCCCUUCUGAAUCUUCAGACGUUCCCAGCAUCACUGUCAGUUAUUACAAUGAUGUAGGAAAAUCUGUCUCUCAACUGAGACAGAAACUGGAGGAUUUCUGCAGAGAGGAGAUUGAAAAAAUAUCUGGCAGAGCAGAGAGGACGAAGACAGAAAAAGCAGUUUUUGAUUUAAGAGAACGGAGGACUGCAGGAUCCAAGAUCCAAGAUUGCGAAAGAGAGGAGCUCGAAAGAUUAUUUAAACUUCAAAAAGUAAUGGAGACUAAUUUACUUUGGAAAAUACAUAAACACACCAUGAAAUAUGAUAUAAAAAAUUCAGUGCUUUAAAAUGGUUAUUGAAUUUAUUGCAGCAAUUAAAUGAUUUGUUGAAGAAAUAAAAAGAUCUUAAAGGUACAGUACUCAAUUUCUCUCAAAAAUAAAUUGACACCAUGAAAUAUGACAUAAAAUACAGUGCUUAAAUAAUUCAUGUUAAAUUGAUACAUUCCAUUAAUUUACACAGAAUAUAUCUAUUGGUUUCCAGAGAGAGAUGCACCCAGAUCACCCCAGAAUAUGACAGCAUGCCAGGAAAGAGUGUUGAAAGAAGAGUGCUGAAAAGGGUGCUGAAAGAAGAGCAAGUCUUUAAGCUGGUAAACCUAUUGUCAAAACAGCACCAAAUUUUUACUUUGAAAAAACAAGUGCACAUGGUUUAAAAGCCAGACCAGCAUACAUGUUGCACUUUCUGGUAAAUAUGAAAAUAGCUAAUUGUAUUUUAUAUAGUUUUAUAGUAAAAAAAAAAAAAAAAAAAAA